AUGAGAAAGAGAUGUGUUGCCUUGGGCCAUAUAGAUAGGAGUAGGCCUCUAGUAAAUGAUGAAUUUCAUUUGGUCCAAAUUGAUGAAGUUUGUCUAGAAUCUGAGGCUCUCUGUGAUGGCGAUGGAACUUUUAAGGAUGUUAUCAUAGGCCAAAAGAUUUUGUGGCCGCAACACUCUGUCAAAAUGUCUCAACAUCUAACUACUCCAAAUAAAGACUGGAUGUUUGCACGCAAGGGUUCACCUCCAUGGAUUCAAGGUGUUCAAUAUUUCAUCCAAUUUGCAACAGAGAGUCUUGGUGAAGGUAUCAAAGAAUUUCGUUGUCCUUGCAUGAAGUGUAAGAAUUACAACAGUUUACCAAAAUCUCUAGAUGAUGUACAUGGGGAUAUUCUUGAUUAUGGGUUCGACAGGCAAUACCGAACAUGGAUCCAUCACGGAGAGCAACCUCGUGUGAAUAAUGUUCAAGCUCGUUCUUUACCUGCCAAUAAUGCUAUGAAUCAUGGAGCUGCUGCAUCUUUUCCGAGGAUAUUUGACUUGUUCAAUGAGACACUAGGACGUGUAGACGGUACUGCUGUUGAAGAUGGUACUGUUGUUGAAGCUGGUACUGCUGCUCAAGAUAAGGCUAAUGUGAAUUGCAGGAAGAGGUUGGAGGAUGCAGUCCAACCCUUAUUUCCAGGUUGUGAUGCUGAUCAUACAAAACUAUCAGCAACAGUUGAGUUGCUUAGUAUGCAAGCAAGGUAUCAAUGUUCUGAUGUUUUCAUGACUGAAUUAUUUGGAUAUUUGAAAAUUAUUUUACCAGAUGGGAACACAUUGCCAUCUAAUUGUCGUAAAGCAAAGGACAUGAUUAAGCCAUUUCAGUUGCCGGUCCAUAUCAUCCAUGCUUGCAUUAAUGAUUGUAUUCUCUAUCGCAAGGACUAUGCUAAUGAAGAGAAGUGUCCUAAAUGUGGUGAAAGUAGAUGGAAGAAACCACCCGAAGGGAGUAAUCCAUCAACUAAAAAGGUUCCAGUGAAGAGACUGAGGUAUUUUCCAGUUACAGAAAGGUUGCAGCGUAUGUAUGGUACAACAUGGAUAGCUGAGCUGAUGACAUGGUAUGCUAAGGUUGAAGAAAGUGCUACACAUAUGAGACAUCCGGUGGAUUCGUCACAAUGGAAGUCAAUAGACAUGAAGUGGCCUGAGUUUGCUGAAGAGAAACGAAACGUACGUCUGGGACUAGCAACUGAUGGUUUUAACCCUUUUGGAAUGAUGACCUCGCAUAGUACUUGGCCUGUUAUGCUUACUUGUUAUAACCUUCCGCCAUCUGAAUGCACGUCAAAGGAUUUUACGAUGUUAACACUGCUGAUUCCUGGUCCACUUGGUCCUAACCACAACAUAGAUGUUUAUUUGCAGCCCUUGAUCGACGAGUUAAUUGAUUUAUGGACAGUCGGUAAAGUAACGUACGAUGCGCAUACAAAGACUUCCUUUACAAUGAAAGCAAUGUUAUUGUGGUGCAUACACGACUUUCCCGCAUAUGCUCAUGUUUCUGGUUUGCGAACUUCUGGAAGAUUUGGUUGUCCUGUGUGUGGAGAAAAUACAGAGGCGUUCAGGCUAAAAUGGGGUUCUAAGUAUGCUUAUAUGGGUCAUAGAAGGUUUCUAAGAGAUAGGUUUCACCCUUAUAGACUGAAAACAUCUGAGUUCAACGGAUUUGAGGAGACAAGGGGUGCACCAAGACGUUUGAGUGGUGCCGAAUUAUUCGACAAGACAGCAACCGCAGAUAAAGAGUUUGGGAAGCUGGUCAAGCGGCCGGUCGUACAAAAGAAUUUUACGGAGAAUUUGUUUGGAACUUUUAUGAGCCAUAAGGAUAAGAACAAGGAUGGGAAACUGGCGCGUAAAGAUUUAAAACUGCUAAACUUAAAGCCUUGCUUGUGGUUGACGGAAGAGAAUGGAAAAGUAGAGAUGCCUCAUGCACCUUAUUCUUUGUCUAAGGAAGAAAGGGAAGUCAUCUGUAAAACUCUUAGCACACUUAAAGUUCCAAUUGGUUACAGUGCGAAUUGGAAACGGAAAGUAUGCUUGAAAGACUUCCAAUUGAAGGGUUUGAAGUCUCACGAUUAUCAUAUUCUGAUGCAGGGGUUAAUGCCUAUUUUUAUGAUGCAUUGUUUCAAAGAACAUAAGCCUUUGCGUGAGGCAGUUCGACACUUAUCGUUGUUUUUCAAAGUACUAACUUCCAAGGUUAUUGAUCGUGCUGAGCUUCGUAUAAUGCACGAACGUGUGGUGGAGUCACUAUGUGUGUUUGAAAUGUAUUUCCCGCCUGCUUUUUUUGUUAGUAUGACUCAUGUUGUCGUACACUUGGCAGAAGAGGCACAUCAAUUGGGGCCUGUUCAGUUUAGGUGGAUGUACCCUUACGAGAGGAUGAUGAGGUACUACAAAGUACUUGGUCGCAACAAAAAUUAUGUAGAAGGCUCUAUUACAAAACAGUAUGAGAUUAAUGAAGGAGCGCGCCAUUGCGUCGAGAUACUUCCUGAAAAGAGGCGAAAGUCUCUUAAGUGUCGUGGAAAGAUAUCAAUGCCCAGUGAUGUUUAUGAAGGUCCAUACCCACCUAAUUCACAAGGAAAGCCACAUUCAUUGACCAACGUAGAGCAUGAACAAGUUCGUUUGUGGAUAUUGAGACAUUCAGAUGAAAAUACUGAAUGGGAAGAGAAGUACGAGAUAUAUGUUCGUAAUUUGAACCAAACUCGUACGGGAAGGAUAAAACCUACAGACUACAUUGAAUGGCUACAGAAACAACUUGAAGGCACUCCUAUGACAGAUUUUCGUAGGCUGGCAAUUGGUCCUACCUUCGCUACAAUUUCGUAUAACUCAUAUUUUGUUAAUGGCUAUCUUUUUUACACAGCCGAUGCCGAAAAAAAUUUAACUACACAAAAUAGUGGAGUCACCAUGGAUGCUUGCACCAGCUUCAGAGCAAGUUCCAGAGAUACUAACUUGGUCGAUGACGAUACUACGUACUAUGGCAUUCUACAACACAUACUUGAACUGGAUUAUGGAUUUUUCUCAGAAAUUGUUUUUUACUGUGAUUGGGUGCGAGUCGAAGACAAAGUACAUGGAUCCUAUGUGGAUCCGGAUACAAAGUUGAGGUUUGUCAACUUCAGAAAGUUUAUGAGAAGCUCAAAAGAAGUCGACGAGCCAUUCAUCCAUGCUUCUCAAGCUAGACAAGUUUUUUACUGCAGAGAUGUGACAAGGGAGCACUGGAAUUUGGUUUUGGAAUCUCCAAUAAGAUCAGACCCCAAUAAGAAUGCUUUGGAAGAUCCAUUUGUCUUCACUGCAAAUGCAAAUGAAGCUCCAUCAAUUUUUACAGUUGUUGGAGAAGAUGAGUAUUGGAAUGAAGAAGCUCAGGGGAUGCCUCUUAAUACAGUUGGAAAAGUGUCUAGCACUGAUGAUACUCAUUACUCGAGUUUAAAACUCAUUGGAACGACGUUCUUUGUCGUAUGUGAACCAGGGACACAUCACAUGGAUGCUCUACUUGAUAUCAUUUACGAAGUAUUGGAUAAGUUUAUCGUCAUCUGA